AUGACUGUGUUUGAUAUUAAUUCGAUGAGUUUGAAAAACCUUAAUACACUUAAUGCACCACAACCUCUAGAAUAUUAUGCUGCUGUUUUAUUGAAAAAUGACAUCAUAAUUUAUAUUGGUGGAAUUCAAAAUACAAGUCAAGUUCUGGUUGAGGCAAAUAUGUCUGAGGCUAAUUUUCCUAAAAGUUUUAUUUCAAAUGUUUCUACCCCAUCAAAUUCUAAAUUUAAAUUAAUUAUUGGCCUUAGUGUUGGCAUUUUUUGUUUAGUCUGUUUUGCAGUUGUUGAAUUCUUAAUUUAUAAAAAAAUACAACGUCGCGAAAUUAUUAAAAUACCCAGCUCCUCUGAAACUCGUGAAAUUAUUGAAAUACCUGGUUCCUCGAAAGAAUAA